CUGGCCACCGCAACGUAAAAGAAACCCGGCAUCAGCCAGAAUUUUUUUCUUGGUCGUUCCUCUCGGUGUGCUCGUGCCAGUUUCUCUCUUGAUCUUUUUUCCUUGGCUCGAAUUACAAAUCGCAACCCUAGAAAGACCGAGCGCCCGCCGUGCAUAUAUUAGACGGUUGCGUCUUGCAGGGGGCCUGUGAUCUCAUCAUCCACCUGUGCCAUUUAGCAUACUAUCUACCAGACAGCGCGCAAAUUAGACGGAGCGACUUGUUCUUUGUUUUUUCCCUUCCAGCAUCCAAUUUCCCGUUAGUCUUUUUUUCUCUCCCCUCCUCGUCACGAUGGUUGGCACCGAAAUUCCCGCCCAGAACGGCGCCUCGACCCCUCAGGAUCGCCGCUUCGGAACUUUGGCCGUCCACGCCGGUGCUCCCCAUGACCCUACCACCGGCGCUGUCAUUGCCCCGAUCUCCCUCUCCACUACCUUUGCGCAAACCUCCGUCGGAAACCCUGUCGGUCUCUACGAAUACACCCGGAGCUCGAACCCGAACCGGGAUCACUUUGAGCAGGCCAUCGCUGCUCUCGAACACGCCAAAUAUGCCCUAGCCUUCUCCUCCGGUUCCGCAACCACCGCCGUCAUCCUCCAGUCCCUGGCGGCGGGCUCGCACGUCGUCUCCGUUUCUGACGUCUACGGUGGAACUCACCGGUACUUCACCAAGGUCGCUUCUGCCCAUGGCGUCCAUGUGACCUUCUCGCCUUGCAUCGAGCUCGAUGUCGAAGAACUGAUCCGCCCUAACGAGACGAAGCUGGUCUGGAUCGAAUCUCCCUCCAACCCGACGCUGGGCCUGGUCGAUAUUGAGAAGAUUGCUGCGGUUGCGCACAGACACGGUAUCCUGGUGGUGGUUGACAACACCUUCCUGAGCCCCUAUGUUCAGAAUCCUCUCGACCAUGGUGCCGACAUCGUGGUCCACUCCGUCACCAAGUACAUUAACGGCCACUCGGAUGUCCUGAUGGGCGUUGCUGCCUUCAACUCCGACAGCCUGAAGGAGCGUCUUGGUUUCCUCCAGAACGCCAUCGGCGCCGUCCCCUCCCCCUUCGACUGCUGGCUCGCCCACCGUGGUCUCAAGACCCUCCACCUGCGUGCGCGCGAGGCGACCACCAACGCGACGGCUGUCGCCAAGGCUCUCGAGGCCUCUCCCCACGUCAUCGCUGUCAACUACCCUGGCAUCGACUCUCACCCCCAGCGUGCCAUCGCUAUCAAGCAACACCGCCAGGGCAUGGGUGGUGGUAUGCUGAGUUUUCGUAUCAAGGGCGGUCAGGAGGCCGCUCAUCUCUUCUGCAAAUACACCAAGGUCUUCACUUUGGCAGAGAGUUUGGGAGGUGUCGAGUCUCUUUGCGAGGUUCCUUCUUCCAUGACCCACGCCGGUAUUCCCAAGGACCAGCGGGAGGCUGCUGGUGUCUUCGACGACCUUGUCCGCAUGUCCUGCGGUGUUGAGGAUGUGGAGGAUCUCCUGGCCGAUACUCUUCAGGCCCUUGACAAGGCCGUUGCCGCCACUAAGGUGGGCAACGGAACUGCUUAGAUAUUUGAGAUUUUUGUUGCACUUUCUGGGGACACUACAUAGAGCGUUCUACGUUAUAAAUACAUGUAACGACGAUAGAGGGGCCUGCUCAACGCAUUUCAACGGGCUCAGUCAUGACUUCAAACUAUUCA